CCGCGCCGGGAAGCCUGGCGGGCGGCCUCGUCACGUGUCCUCGGCGAUCGCCGGACAGUUCCGGUGGUGAGGACUCCUUUCCAAAUAUAAGAGGAAUAAAGAAGUCACUUCCCCAGCUGUCAUCAUCUGCCAACAGAUUGAGCAAGAAUAUUUCAAGCACUACAGAAAAGACAGUCCAUCAAACCCUAGAAAAUGAUCAGCCAUCUGAUUUUUUCAAGAAAGGGAAUAGGGUGAAUAAAUCUCAUCAGAAAAGCAGCAACAUGAAUGCUGGCCCACCUUGGAAUAAAGUGCAACGUUCAAAACAUUCUUCAGGAAAAAGGCAGAGUGCAUCCCAAGUGCCCCACGUGUCCCCCCCGCCGCCCGAGGACGGACCCCGGGAAAGCAGUUCCCUGCAAGGAGACCCCGAAAGGAGCCCGCCGGGCCCCCGGCGGCGGGGCGCCCCCUCGGGGGACCGGCUGUUCCUGGAGCUGCAGUGCAGGAAGGUCAGGAAGGAGGCUGCGGCCCAGGACGAGGACAGCGCCAGCGACCUGUCGGACUCGGAGCGGGUGCCCAUGCCGCCUGCCGCGCGCGCCCCCCCGGAGCUGCAGCUGCGCGCGGAGCAGAUCGACGAGGCCGCGGGGUCGGGCCCGGACCCCGACGCCGAGCCCUGGGCCGCCCCGGCGCCCGCCUACGGCUACGCGGACUUCCUGCCCGCCCCGUUCAGCUCCUGGGACCUCCGUGACCUGGCCGCGCCCCCGGGGACCGAGCCCAGCCCCGCGGCUCGGGGCGGCGCCGCCGGGCUGCUCGCCAGGUACAUCGACAGGCUUGUGCAGCUCGAGUGGCUGCAGAUGCAGACGGUGCAGGGCGAGAAGGGGAAGGGCGCCCGGGCCAGGCCUCCCACCGGCCCCGGGGCCACGUUGGGGGCUCUGAAAAGCCCGGGCAGGGCCAAGCUGGUGGCCAGCGCUGCAGCCAGGCUUCCCCAGGACGCGGCUGGCAAGCCGCCUGCGCCCCGGAGGAAGGACCUGUCCCGCGAAGAAGCGCGGCCGUCCUAUUACGCCUUUGACCGUCCCCCCAGAGCCCCCCACGCGCGGGGCAGCAGGCCAAGUUCUCAGAGGCCAGCCCUCGAGGCGAGGACCGAGGAGCAGACAAAGAAAGCGAGUAAGAGCCCCAGGCCGCAGCAGGGCUGGCAUGCGGCCUGCGGUGACCGCGGUGACCGAAGCGGCCCCGGAGCUCCCGCGCGGGGGGCCAGCGCUGCAGACCCCACUGACCCCGGCCCGGCCCCCAGAACGCAGGCACACACGGCGCUGAAGAAGAAGGGGGCUGCGAGCACCUGCGCCCCUGCCACCACGUCCAGCGAGAAGAAACCCAAAACCAAUGGAGCAAAGCCAAGCACAUAUAAACUCAAAUAAUAACCGAGACAACGGUGAGCUGCAAAGACGUGCAGACACCUUAAACGUUAGAGCUCCUCCGAAAGGGACAAUACUGUGAAUUUUAGGACGUUUCACUCUCAGUCGUGGAUUGAGAUCCCAUCGGUGCAGCCCCACCCUCGCCCCAGCCACACCAGGCUUCGUUCCAAAGAAGGGUGUCUUUCAAUAAGCCUUUCUUGGUAUUGACAGUCUUAAGUGAAUGAGAGCCCUUUAGAUAAAAUUUAACCCAGGUCUGUGCCAUAUAAAGACAUAAAAUGACAGGGAAGGAGAGGUCUACCCUGGAAGCAGCAGCCAGCCCACACCUGAGGCCGGCAGCAGGGUUCAGCCCCCCCACACUCCAUGCAGAGCACCUGCAUGGAAAAUGUAAUGCGCGCCGGCUUAAACUGUGUGGAAUCGGAAACAUAUGAAGUACGGUUCCUGGUGUCCUCCUGGUAAACUAUCCAAGCAGAAGUUGUGCUAUUUCAGGCCUAGGAGAGGGUCUAGCUCUUCCUCAAUGUAGGGAGCCUCUCCUGAGAGCAAAAGUAUCAGUAAGCUGCUUGUUCUUUCCAGACCAUGGAAUCUAAUACUUUCAUGGUUUGGGGGGGGGGGGGUGUUUUGUUUUAUUUUGUUUUGUUCUCAAGGUGUUUUAAUGAAACUCAGAGGUGGUGGUGAAGUCCACCUUUGGAUUCCCUUCACUGAGGUUAAGUAGGGCAGGGACUUGUCCAGGUGGAAGCAGUAGGUCUCAGCAGGACCCUCACUGGUGGGCGGGAGCCAGGAGUGAAGCCUUUAGCACCCUGGCGCUUCUGGCGUGUAUGCCUUCUGGAAGAGGUGGACAGGAAAGCCACCAUUUAGAGUUUGUGCAUGAAAGGCCUGAAACCAGAUAGAUACACAUGAAAGCACUGUGACUGUCACAGUAAUCACAUUACUGCUUUGAGACCUGGGUCCUGCUGUCCGUAGCUGGCAUAAUCCGUUUUAAGAGCAGGAUUUUAUCACCUUGCUUCAGGGCAGAGGGGUGAGGACACAUUUCCAGAUGGAGUUGGGAGUGUCUUCUUAACAUCCUUACCCGAUCCCGUGGUCUGCUCGGUCUUCUGGUUGCACUGUGGGGUUUCUGUUGAAAUUGUAAAUAUCUGUAAAACCUUUGGUUGACUGCUGGAUAAACAGGAUGUUUUAAUGACUGCAGCUGAUUUUCUCUCUUUAAAUGAUUCUCUUUGUUUUCAUACAUAGACGUUUCUCUUUUUCUCUUUUUACCUCUGGGGAAAAUUAAAAACUUAGCACUUUUCAUUUGAAAGUAUAUAUAUAUAUAUACUAGCUUGCAGACUUCACAGAGCAGCUCAUGUCAUCCAAGUCACCUAAGUCAAUAGCACAAGGGCAAGACGCAUUUAUUAAUGAAAUAAUGGGCACAAGUUAAAUAUUAAGAUCCCAUUCUUAAAAAUCUGACCUUAAUAGUAUGUUAAACAACACAUACAAUUUUUUUAUGGCAGUUUUCUUUUCUUCCAAGACUGUAUUUCUAGAUUUUCAUAGAUUCCAUCCUAUAUUCUUUAUCUUUCACACCACCCUACUGGAGAGAACAUGGUCUUGCACUAGGAUCUUGUACCUUUUAACAGGAACAAAGAUGUUCAUCUAGUGGACCUUACUUCCCUCGUUCUCAGUUACGCUGUAACUUUUACACUUGGUGUAUGCAUUGUGGUGUGCAAGUGUAGCACUGCUCUUCCUUUACCUCUCUGUGGUUGCUGCAUGGCACCCCAUGUGUCCUUCACCUGGGCUGCUGCUUGUGAGCACAGGCGCACUAGUCCUUUCUACACAGCUGGCACUGCCGCUCAUUCAUGAUGCUUCCUCUGCUACGAUUUGUAACACAGCUCUUUAUAAGAUUUUAGGGCCGAUAAAUCUCUGUAAGCACAUUAUAUCCAUAUACAUGCUCCUGUUAUUAAUACUAUGGGGUUUACACCAAAUUGCUGCCUUCUCCAGGAAUGCUCUGUGUGGGUAGUCUUGGAGGUCCUGCAGGGUGAGGGUCACAUGCUCACUUUGCCUUGUGUAUGUCUGAGCCGAAGGCCACCCUGAUUAAGAAAUUUAGAGGUGGUGCCUCGGAUGUUAUAUUUGUCCCUUGCUCUUUGAAUCGAAGUCAGUUGCCUCAUUUGGGGAACGGUUAUCAUGUCACAUGUUGAGACAAUUUUAAAAGCCUGAAAAAGUGACUUUGCUUGUUCACGUUUUUGUCUCAGGUUAAUGGUUUAUUUUAACCAGUAUUCUUGCGAUUGGAUCAGAGCUCCUGAUGAACAGCAUGGGUUCACUGCAGAACGUAAGCACAAUCUCGAUCCCAUGAUUUCCGAUACACACACCUGACUCAGCCUCAUGUUCUAAAUGCUGCAGACAAGAAUCCCACCAGUUUCACGCAGACGGCGCCGGAAAGCGGAGUCGUGGCCUCCUGUGGUUGGUCAGGUCCAAGCAACCCAGCAUCCUGCUAGUCUGGGGACGUGUCACUGUAUUCAAAGAAGUGCCUCUCAUUUCUGGGAGUUGUUUACGUACAUGUUGUGUUUAAGCCAAUUGAAAUAAUCCAAGGUUAAAAAAAAAAAGGUGUAGAGAAAGUUAAGAAGAACUACUUUAGGCUUAGAAUCAGUUAGCAGAAGCUGUAAAAACAUACAAAAGCAAACUGCAACAACCUGUCGGUAUUAGCUACAGUUCUUUAGUUUGGGAGUAUUUCUCAAAUCUUUAAUGAUGACACUGGCCGAAGGUUUGUAAUCCACUGGCAGGGCAGGGGGGUGCCUGUGUCAAUAAAGAUUGGGGGCAUCGUUGGGCUCAUGGCAGCUGUGGUCUGAAAGGAGGAAGGCUCGUCCUGGUUCGUAAGCCAGUAGGCUAGUUCCCAGAGAGACAGAACAAUCUCUACCUUCAUGAUUUAAAUAUUGUCUAACGCCUUUUUUUUUUUUUUUGUCUAACGCCUCUUUAUGCUCACUUGAAUAGUUAAAAAUAGAAAACUCUAGGUGGUACUGUGUUUCAAGGUAACCGAGAAGCAGUAUUUAUAAUUUAUUCAUGUGCAUGUACAGAGGUCCGUUUAAAAUGGCCUGACCCAAUCGAGCAUGUUUGUUAUUUGCUGUUAUAAUUAUUAUAUGCUUGGUUUUGUACAUAAUAA